GAGAUAAGCCUGUCACCCGUUAGCCAAUUUGGGCCUUGUGGGAAAAAUCAUGGUUUAUCAUAUUAUCGGGGAAAAUAAAAAGAUCGCAGAAAAAAUUGAAAAAAAAAAUGGCUUCUCUCUCGGCCAUGAAAUCGCAGGGCCUCAGGCCGACACCGGCCGCGUCCAAUCCCGACCAUAAGUUCAGACCUUCAGUUUCGGAAUCGGUCUCCUUGAACACCUCCGAACAUCAACCUCGGAAGUUCAAAGGUAGCUCGCAGCUGAACCGCUGGAACAUGGCCCGGAACUUGCGAUCCGGUAUCAAGCUGGACCGGCCGGUUAACCGGUCGAACCGGGGGCCGAGGCGUCCGAUCGAGAAGCCCUCGGUGGAGGGUGACGUGUCCUCGGGUAACGGCGAGGAUGACGUGGAUCUGACGGCGGGGAAGUCAAUAUACAUGGUUUCAGACGGAACAGGGUGGACGGCGGAGCAUUCCGUUAACGCUGCCUUGGGACAGUUCGAACAUUGCUUGGUCGACCGUGGCUGUCCCGUUAAUACCCAUCUCUUCUCAGGGAUCGAGGACGGAGAACAAUUGAUGGAGAUCAUCAAACAAGCAGCAAAAGAAGGUGCAAUGCUCAUCUACACACUAGCAGAUCCAUCAAUGGCGGAAUCCGCCAUGAAAGCAUGCAAGCUUUGGAACGUACCCUCCGUCGACAUCCUCGGACCCAUCACCGACUCCAUCUCAUCUCACUUGGGUGUCACCCCUUCUGGUCUGCGACGUGGCCAAAAACACUCUUCCCUCGACGAGGAAUACUUCAAACGGAUCGAAGCUAUCGAGUUCACCAUCAAACACGACGAUGGUGCUCUGCCUAAGAACCUUCACAUGGCCGACAUCGUUCUUGUUGGCGUCUCUCGGACAGGGAAGACCCCUUUGUCGACCUACUUGGCUCAAAAGGGUUACAAAGUGGCAAACAUCCCGCUCGUGAUGGGCGUGGAACCGCCUGCCACUCUGUUUGAGAUCGACCCGAGAAAGGUUUUCGGGCUAACCAUAAACCCUUUGGUGCUACAAGCGAUUCGGGAGGCUCGAGCCAAGAGUCUGGGGUUCGGUGCGAGCGUUAAGAGCAGAUAUUCUGAGUUGGGUUGUGUUAAGGAAGAGUUGGAGCUCGCAAGAAGAAUCUUUUCACAUAAUCCCACUUGGCCCGUCAUUGACGUGACAGAGAGGGCAAUUGAAGAAACUGCAGCAGUUGUCUUGAGGCUUUACCACGACAAGCAUUGCAAGCGCUCAAUGCCACGCAUCUCUAAGUACUACUGAACAUAUAUAUAUACACGAUUACAAACUUAAUAAAACAAUAUUAUUUUCUAUCUGUUCCGAAUAAUAAAAAUUAUCGGCAAAGCGCUUAGGUAAGGGUACUUGCAGUGUUGAGAUUCUGUAAGUAACAUGGUCCAUACUCUACAUACUAUAUAGUAUAUGCGUAUAUAUACUAAUCCACAAAAUAUAAAGUAUGAUAAUGUGAAAACCCUAAUACUCCACAAGGUGACAAGAUCUACGGGUGAUACUUUGCCCAAACAAAGGCAACAAAAUACACAAAAGAAGACCCUAGAUUUCUUCAUUGACUUCCGUUUAAUCCGCUGCAGAAACGAACAUAUGAACAAAGAGAAUCCAAGAACGCAAAUAUUU